AUGCUAUUUCUCAUAACACCAGUAUCCAUAGGCAAGCCACGACAACCAACGAAGUCAGUACAGUUGCUGCCAAGGCUGUGGGAGAAGCGCAGCCCUUGGGCCGUCUAUGCGAGACGAGGCACUUGGAGCGGCGGCACAUGGAAAGAGACCGGCCUACCAGAACAGGCGCUGGCUCGGCUGGCCACCACUUUUGCGAUGCUACUUCCGCUCGUCAGACACCCUCCGUCGGAGCCACUGAUACAGAGGCCGGAAUCGAAAGUCGCCACGCCAUGA